CGAUCUUCUAAGGCUGCAGCAGGCUCUUCUACUAAAAUUUCAACAUCACAUCACUCGCAAAACAUCAUCAGUUUUGCGCUCAUCAGCUCAUACUAAGUUGUCAAAGCUUUCGGCAAUGGGAGACCAUCGAUACGGGGAGGAAGUUGGGGACAAUACAACGACAACAAAACCAAUUACGAAGGAACUGAUCAAAGGAGGACUCAUGUCACCCCGUUCGGUCAAGAACACAACUUUUGACUGCACUGGUCGGCUGCUACUGGAAAACGCGAACCCCUCAUUCGUCCAUCACCAUGGACCAUCGCGGCUUGUAGAGCCUCCGUUGAUGGCAGUCAGCAGGACGACAAGACCAACCCUUCCGGUGUUGCCUCUGAAAGUAGCCAGUGGUAGCAGUUCCGAACUCUCCUCGUCUACCAAAGGCAAGGGUGAAGAUACAAGUUGCCAGCGUCGUGUUAUCUUUCCCACAUACCCCAGGAAUCAGCAACAGACCUACAGUUGGUCUUGGAUGAGACCACAAUCGGCCUCGGAGGCUCUCACGGACAGCACAGGGACACCCACUACUACUACCGGUAGCACCAGUACAUCUACUACUACUAUUAAGGCUCAGAUACCUCCAAAGGCCAGGGACGAUGCCAGGAAUCAACCUGUUCAUGACUUGUCACCCAUCAGGCCAUUCGGCACAGCGCCCUUUGCUCCUUCUCUGGGAUCUGUACCGCAGGGAGUGAGGCUCACGGAUAGCAUCAGAUCUACCAACAGCGCCAGGUCUACCAACAGCAUCGUUUCGGAACGCUCCGUAAGGAAUGCGGCUCUACCCGACUCUGUUCGUCUUACGGAAUCUCGGCUGCUGAUCACGGACACAACACAAGAGGAUGCCGCCUUGCCUCAGAACAAACAACUCUUGGUGCCACCAACACCCAAUCCAACGUCUACCCGGCGUGUCAUUAGCAUAUCUCCGGAUGACGAAAUAAUGAUGAACAGUGCUCCCAUCUUGGCACCCGUCAACAAACAACCCCAGCAUCGGUCCACCAAACGACGAUCCAUGAAAUCACUCCUACGACGUUCGCCCAAGUACGGGGCCCCCAUUCUAGAGCACGAGGAAAGUCUCCCUUCGUUGGUCGACAUUGUCAAGGAAAACGACGACGAUGACGAUGGUUCUCAAUCUUCCAUGAGCAAUUACAACGAGAAUGGUAGUGGGACCACCACUCCACCAUCGGGGAGUUUUAGUAGUAGUAGGGUCCAAACGGAAUGUUCCUCCACACAUCGGGUUGGUUUUGACCCCCGCGUCUGGGUCCGCGAGUUUCACCGUACACCCGAGGAGGCCAACGGCACGUGGUUUACUGACGAUGAUAUGGAUGCCUUUCGACGAUUGGCACUGGAACGAAUCAUACGGUAUCAAAGUACUGUGGAGAUUAUCGCUACCGGAACGGGGCGGACCAUCCAACGACGUGCUUCUGUGAAACGGCAACCAUGGAAAGGGCCCAUCUACUCGCAUGCCGCCCUCACGUUGGAUGGGGAAAACGCCAAUGACGCAUUUAUGAAGCGAAAAGUCAUGGAGAAGGAACUCAACAGUAUUCUGAUUGUCGAUCCUCAUGAUAUUUGCCUCAAGCUUUUCUCCAAAGCGCUGCAACAAGCGUUGCCACACACCAAUCUGGCUACCAUUGUGACGGCCACCUCGACGGACGAAGUCUUGAAACAUUUGGAACAAGGCAGGCGUUUCGAUUUGAUCAUUGUGGAGGAGAGACUGCAGCUCUUUCAUCGGCAUCAUGGCAAUACUUUAGACAAAUCCUUGUCGUCCUCUUGGAACGAGGACGACGAUGACGACGACGACAUGGAUAACUCGUCUUCCUGGUUGUGCUCUCCGCCCAAGGAUUCGAGCUAUCGAAAGACUGCUACCCUUCCGGGUGCGUGUGGGGCGAUUGUGUCGUCGGGGGCGGCGCUGAUACAAAACCUUAGUCGAUCACCACUCGCAUCCAACGCCAUUUUUGUGGGAGUCAGCGCACACAUGAACGAGGACGAGGCCAAAUUCAAGCGCAGUGGAGCCGACUUUUGUUGGCCCAAGCCCCCGCCGGUGUUGGAUCAAAGCCUCUUGGAAAAGUUGGCAAAAGCCCUGUUGAUCAAACGAAACCAUACGCUCUUGGCAUCCGAGCUCUUUGGAUGAUCGACUGAGUGUGGGCCUUCUAGAUCCAUCCAGAAUGAUCUUGCCAUGCAUAAUUCACAAUUCACACACAAUUCACACAAUCACGCCACCACACAUUUCAUCUGAACAUUUAUCAUCUCAGCCUAAUAUUGCACCACAAACACUAUAAAUAAGCCUUACUUUAAGGCUGCAUUGCCACCAUCACUCCUGUCUGUAUUGGUCAUUUCGAGCUGUGAUCUUGGCUAGCUUCCCCCCUCGUUUAUCAUGGGGAUGUCGGUCCAAUCGUCGUCGGAGCAUCAGACGCCAUCAAUGAACCGCUCCCAGAGCUCUUGAUCCUCUCACUUCGGUGCUCGACCAUGCUUCUGCCUGUGGUUGCCUCACCAGCAAGACAGUUCCACUCCGCAGCUGCCGCCAAAGCGCCAGAAGAUCAUCCGAGACCGGAUAACCAGCUCGCUUCACCACCAACAUACCAAUCUCCUGGGGUAUACCGGUACCUUUUUCGACUGGAUCGCAUGCCUGAAAUGCAGUGUCCGAACCACAUACGACUAUCCAAUCGAGCAACGCAAUAAUGUUUUCUUCCCAUCGGAAUGUCGCCGUAGCCGCGCCUAUCCUAUCGUCGUAGCAUGAUAGGCAAUAAAGGUAAAGACGCCCCAAAGAUCAGUUUCGUCCUUUAGGACAUGUUCUCGAGUUGCCAAAAGGGCAGCCGUUGUGCCUCUUUCGUUGCUUUCGCGGCACGGCCCAAACAGGUAUCGGGGCAGGGAACAAACACGACAAGGCUGUCUGAUAGGUUGUGCUGACUGGCGAGCGCCACCCCGCAACGUCAAGCAUCCGCAAAUGAUUGGGAUGAGGAGGAUUGAACCCUGCAAAGUAAAGAAGAAUAGAGCAGGCCUGGCAUUUGCGGACGGUGAUAGACCAGAGCCUGUCGCCAGCUCUCAAUAGAACCUUGAAACAGCUUGAAAGCCAUUUUAAUGCUGGUCUCGCAUGCCUCUCUGCCACGGCCAGCGAAUAGACAAGGAGUCGAGAUCGAAGUACACCUUGUAGUUACGCGUCCGAGGUUAACCUUCCCAUUCUCACCGGACCUACUUUUCCUUUGUCUCCAGGUCGCAAAGAGUGUGUGCUCAAGGCGCGCUGAAAUAAAAAAGUCCCACAAAUCCGAUGACCAAGUAGUCUUCAAGCAUUUUCGCAUAGAAAGAGCAGCGAUCGAAUCCAAACUGUCCGUUUGGAGAUGUUUGCUUAUGGAGAGCUUCAAGUUGUCGUGUCAGAAGCUUCAAGUUUUCUUUUUCUGGAGGAAGCAAUGGCAUGGUAAAGUAGCCUGGUCCAGUCUUCAACAUUCAACACCCGAGAAGUCGAAAAUCCAGCUUCUCGAAUUCGCUGUGAGUCUCUAAUUCGUACUGAAGCCGGCCUUGGCCUUCUGUAUCAUUUCCAGCAAUCCCUACAUAUGGGUCCCUUGCACAAUGAUGAGCCCAUUCUCGCCCGUGCCACGAAACGACGUCGCAUCCGGAUACAAGUUAUGUAAAGGGCCAAAACCUCAUCUGAGAUUCCAGAUGCUGCUGCAUGCAUGUCGGCUUCGUUGGUUUUCUGGCUGCGGUGGUGAAGAUGUCCCCUUUGUGGUUGUGGUUGUUUCAGCUCUUCCUGUGUGUUGCCUGCUUCCCUCUCGUGGUCUUUGUGAAACGUGGAUACUAAUCGAGUCGUGUAUACAGUAUCCAAACAGCUAUUCGAACUACAGUAGCCGCUCCUCCCAAAACCAAGAAGGCUGAGGUGUACCGGUAGAAAUAAUGGAGUGGGUGGCAAGGAAAGCACGGACAACAAUGGCCAACCCUGAUUGGAGCAAUGUUGCUGAAGCACAUUGUUGGCUGUAGAGUCGUUGACAAGAGUGACGAUUGAAACCUCUUUUGAUUUCGUCCAUAGCUAAGUUUAUAGCCUGUGUGACGUUUUUGUCUUCGUCUGACAUGUUUCCACUCUGAUGGGUUGUGGUGCUUCUGCUCCGCUCUGGGACUAUGACAGCUGGCUAGCUGGGGCCGUCCAGGUGGAAGCUUCCUUCGUGCUGUGGGAUCCAAACCAGGAAGAUACUGCCACCGCCAGUAGUAUCACCAAGAAAGAGGUACGUCAGUCAUGAAUAGCUUAGUCACUAGUAGGUCAC